AUGUUAGGUGGAAUAUUAUUAAAUCGAGCAAGUUCAUCUGUAUUAACUGAUUGUACAAUAAAUAUGGCAUUAGAUGGCAUUUAUCGAUUACCAUUAGAAAAUUCUUUAUCAUCACAAAUUAUUCUUUUAAUUGAACAAUCAUUUCACGAUGAAAUAAUUGCAUUAAAACGAACAACAAAUAAAAUUCGUAUGAAUUUAAAUCAAACAUCAACUCAUAUAAAUGAAGAUAUAUUAGAAAAAUUUCGUCAUGAUUAUAGUUUAGAUAUACGUAUAUUAUUAGCCAGUCAAAUAAAUAUUAAAGAAGUCAAUAUAAGAAUUUUAUCAAAUGAUAAUAUUGGCUCUUAUGUAAUUAAAUAUUCACGUAUAAAUACUUCAAUAUCAAAUAUAAUUGAUUAUGACAAUAUUCAUGAUGAUAUUAUUAAGCAAGAUACUAUUUUACAAACUUUCACAAUGUCCAAUGUACGAGAAACAAUCAAUAAUGAUCAACAACGUAUAUUAACUACAAAUGGUUGGUGGCUUGGACCAGUUUUAUGUACAAAGAAUAAAAAUGAAACUUUUAUUAUGGCAAAUAUUUUGCCUCUAACAAACCAUUAUUUGUUCAUCACUUAUUUCAAUAUAUCAUCUAUUGAUAUUAACCAAUGUGCAAAUAAUGACGUACCAUUUGGAGGUACACACAGAUGUCCAGAUAGCAUGAAGUGUAUUCAUCAAGCUGGACAAGGCUUUAAAUUAGGUGCAUAUGAAUGUUUUUGUAAAGGUCCAUAUGGUAAUACAUCAAUAAGUAUUAGUGGCCAAGAGUUAGAAUGGAAUGAAACGAAUAAUGAUAUGCCAUCAAAACCAAGUAUAAAUACAUGUGAAUGUAAUCCACAUUUAUGUUUAGUAAAAUAUAAUCGGUUUUUACGUACAAUAAUUAUAUUUAUUCAAUCGAUAUUUAUUGUUUUUGUUGCUAUACUUGCUGCUAUUAUAUUUCAAAGACGUAAAAUUAAAAUAAUUAAACAUUCAAUGUGGAUUCUACUUGAAUUAGUUCUUUCUGGAGCGGCAUUACUUUAUGCAUCAGUUAUUGUUGAUAGCUUUGGUCCACAUGGAAUCGUUUGUUUAAUAAUGCCUUGGCUUCGUGAACUUGGUUUUACAAUUGUUUACGGUACAUUAAUCCUACGUAUUUAUAAAAUGUUAGCGGAAUUUCAAUCGCGUAAAGCACAUUGUGUACAAGUAAAAGAGAAAGAUAUUUUACGAAUAUUAUUUUUUAUAUCAAUAUCUAUUACUGGCUAUUUACUUGGUUGGACAUUUGUUAAUAUUGAUCAUGCAUAUGAAAAUGUUUCACUUGAAGAAUAUUUAUUAGGACAUGGUUAUACUUAUAAAAAUAAAAAUUAUUUUCAAACAUGUCGACCACGUUCGUGGGAUUAUCUUGUUCAAAUUGCGGAAUUUGUUUUUCUUUGUGUUGGAAUUCGUUUUAUUUAUAGUACACGAACAGCUCCAUGUGAAUAUCAUGAACGUAAAUUAAUUACAAUUGUUGUUGUUUGUGAAAUGCUUUUCUCAACAUUACUUCAUAUUAUUAAAGAUUGUUUAUGGGCAUCCAUUGAUCCGGAUACCCUUUUUAUGUUAUCAUUUUUUCGAUGUCAUAGUACAGUCACAUGUAUGAUAAUAUUUAUUUUUUGUACAAAAUUAUGUUAUAUAUUUCGUCCAGUUAAUGAAGAAUAUGCUGGACGAGAUCGAUUUCGUUCAUUACCUGAUGGUGUUGAAACAACAGACUUAGUUACAAAAUUACAAUCGAAUGGUGAUAUUGAAUUUGGUGAAUUAAAUAUUCGCGAUAUGGAUCCCGAAGAAAUUCGAGCGGAAUUAAAACGUUUAUAUACAUCAUUACAUGUUUUAAAAACAAAAACAAUGCGUAAAGAUAAUCCACAUUUAACAAAACGACAUGGACAAAGACGAAAAAAUCGUCGAUUUUCCAUGCAAGCAUUUCAACGUCAUGGUGGAGCAAGUUCAAGUGUUGGUGGAACAAUAAGUAAUAUAUUAGGAAGUGGAUCAGAAAAACAUGAUCAUGAUCCAACGAAAACACCUGAAGAUAGUACAGGUAGCCAUAAUGAAACGACACAUUUUGGUGGAAUGAGCAUUUAUCGUACAAGUAUUGAUGAUAUUGAAGACUUUCGUGGAAGAACAGUAUCAGAUAUAACAAUGCCAUCGACUGGAGUUGUUCAACGAGUUACAUUUAAAUGA